CAGUAACAUUCCUGCCCACUGACUCAUAGCAGAUGUAAGCAGCAGCACUACAGAAUUUAAUAGCAAAAACAAUCGCAGUCUGGGAAGGGUUCUGGAAUUCCUUGCAUCAGCUUAAGAAGAUUUAACAACUUUGAGUUCUGUCCAGAGGGGAAAGCUUCCAGAGAAUGAAGAUUUUGAUAGUGAUUGAUUUUGUCCUUGCAGCUAGCCUGACGGAUACUAUUGCGAGCUCUGAUCUACAGAACUGUUUUCGAGAGCAGAUACGACUUCAGGCCCAGGUGAGACUUCUGGAACAUCGUGUGAAACAGCAGCAGUUAAAAAUUAUACAGCUUUUAGAGAAGAAAGAGAUACAGUACAGUGACAGAGGAGAUGAAAACAGUGCCAUUGACUUGGGAGGAAAAAGACAGUAUUCAGAUUGUGCUGAAAUCUACAACGAUGGCCACAAGCAAAGUGGAUUUUAUAAGAUGAAACCUAUCCAGAGUCCUAAUGAAUUCCUGGCCUUCUGUGACAUGUCUGAAGGGGGUGGUUGGACUGUUUUUCAGAGGCGUUCUGAUGGCAGCCAGAAUUUUGAUAGAGGCUGGACUGACUAUGAAGAAGGCUUUGGAAAUUUUGUUUUGACAAAUGGUGAAUAUUGGCUUGGAAAUAAAAAUCUUCAUUACUUGACCAGUCAAGGGAACUAUACUUUAAGAAUUGAUCUAACUGAUUUUGAAGGAGAACGGCGUUUUGCACAAUAUACAAGAUUUGGAGUUGCCAGUGAAGAGCAUUCUUAUGAGAUGAACUGUGGUGAAUAUUCUGGCACAGCUGGUGAUUCCCUGACAGGGGGGUUUCAUCCUGAAGUAAAAUGGUGGGCUGAUCAUCGAGGAAUGAAAUUCAGUACUCGAGACAGGGACAAUGACAACUAUGAAGGCAACUGUGCUGAAGAGGAAAAGGCUGGUUGGUGGUUUAACAGGUGUCACUCAGCCAACCUGAAUGGUUUGUACUACAAAGGCCCCUAUACUGCGAAGACGGACAAUGGAAUUGUUUGGUACACUUGGCAUGGGUGGUGGUAUUCUCUGAAAUCUGUUGUAAUGAAGGUCAGACCAGCAGACUUUGAACCUAAUAUUGUUUAAGUAUUUUAUUAAGACGAUUUGUCCAGUUAAUCUUUCAGCAAAUCAAUCCAAACUAAAACGGAUGGGCAGAUUUUUGCUUCUCAUAUAUGCUUAUAUAAAUCUGGAAUAAUUCCUCUGCAACUAAAAGCUUUAUGAGACAUAAAUCAGAAGAGAAUCUGGCCUAUGAAUUCAUAGAUACAAACACUACUGCUAAUAUGUCUAUGGGUUUGUUUGUUGUUUUUUUUAAAAGGCAGAGUUUGCCUAGGAAUAAGGACAUCUUUGUAAGCAUGGAGUAUUUUUGUCUUGGAACAGGUUGCACAGAGAGGGUGUGGAUGCUCCAUCCCUGGAGGUGUCCAAGGCCAGGCUGGAUGGGGCUUUGGGCAACCGGAUCUAGUGGGUGGCAUCUCUGCCCAUGGCAGGAGGGUUGGAGUUGGAUAAUCUUAAAGAUCCCCUCCAACCCAAGCCAUUCUGUGAUUCGAUGAUUUUAUGAAAAGUGCCUACAAAUCCUUUAACUUUUUUAAUAGAAAAAUAUAUUGUCACUGUCAUGUCUCAAAAAUUAAAAUGAAUUGUAUGCAUUGCACACAAAAAAUUAUCUAAAUAGAACCUUAAGGUUGGUUUACUCAGUGGAUGUACUUUCUCUAGAAUGAACCAAGGCUUUAGAAGAAAGCUGUUGUCUGUAAAUGCCUCUGAUUACUUCUAUUUGUUGCAUGUGUUGUGUACAGAACAUAUAUAAAAAACAUAAAGAAUGAUGCAGGAAACUAGAGGAAGAGAAGGGAUGCUACUAGGCAAGAAUCAAAUGAGUUUCUAGAGAUUUCAUUUAAAUCAAAGAUUUUCAGAUGGUCAGUAAUUAUGCCUUUCUUCUUUUUAGUAACCAGAUAGAUAUCCUGGACUUUAGUAUAUUGACAUUUUGGAGUUUACCAAAAGGUUUAAUAACAAAAGCUGCAACUAAUUUUAAUGUGAGCUAUGCUUUGAACAUAAUGCAUGUGUAGAGGGAAUUAUGUUUCACGUGCAGUCUGGAAUCUGGCGUUUAGCAGUUCUUAGUGCUUGAUUCCAUAAAUCCUUACUAUCUUUACGUACCUGUUAACUUCCACAGCUCUCACAGUUUGAAUGCCCUGUUCAGUCAGUUCUAAGUGGUUCUGCUUCUAAGCCUCUAUCUUCUCCUUUUCUUCUGUCUUUCUCUUGGCUCUCUGGGCUUUUCCCCUUCUCAAGCUACAGAUCCACAUUAUUCUUGUACAAGAAAAAUCAUAAGAGAAAUUCUGCCUAUCCAUAGCUUUUGUGCCUAGCACCACAGUAGACUGUAAUAGCCAAUAAUAAUAAAAAAUACUGGUUGAUGCAUUCUGCCAUGGAGAAGGAUAGACACACUCGCUAGAAAGUUACCUGAUGAAAUGUAAUCCAUUUCAGCUGAGCAGAUAAGAAUGAUGAUUUUAUAAAACACGUGGAUCUGAGCCAAAUUUAGACACUUUUCUUUUCCUGCUUUCACAAAACAGAUGCUACUUUUGUGGUUGGACUAUAAAUCUAUCUCCUCCUGUCCAAAUACAGUAUUUGAACCUCAAGACGAUUUUCAGUCAAGAUUAACAUAAUAACUUUUGGCAAUCUACCAGCCAUCUCACAUCUAUAUUUAUAUGAAUACAUGUCAGCCGAAUGAGAACUCCCUGCAUAGCUGUUGUUCCUUCCAUUUCCAUUCUCUAAAAACAGAAGUUGGGUGAGAAUCCUUGAAAUAAGUGCUUGGAAUAAGGGAUGCAGAAUCUGUAGAACAACUGGGAAAAAAAAGAGAGGUUCAUAUAAAACAGUACCUCACUCACUGAAAUAAAUUACAUCUAACCAGAAAAAGGAAGUUAAGAAAAAACGGGGUUGAGGCAGCUAAAAAGAAAAUUGUCCUGUAAAAAUAACAUUGAUAAACAUUUGGAAUACAGAGAUCUUUCAGUCUGAGCUUUUUGUGGUAAUAAGAGCUUUUCUAGAUCAUACAGCCUUUUUCUUAAUGUAUCAAGAGAUACUCUGCUAGAGAUUUCUAGUUUUUAGCACAUUCCUGUAUCCCUGCACGAGAGGACCAAUGGAUAGCUCUGUAAUUGCUUAUCUGAAGCCUUGGUUAAUCAGUUAAACCAAGUUAAAUUCUCUAUCUGACAAGAAGACACCCUAGCCUCUGUAUGUAUGGGUGUGUAUACAUAUAUAUGAAUAUGUACAUGUAUAUAUUCAGCAUUCGAUGUCUGAUAUGUAUCCAAUCUAAUUAGAGAAUUUUAAAUAUGUUCCUGCAUAACUCUGGGAGCAAGUCUAUAGGUUUGGGUCAUUAAAAACACAAUGGGAGUUUUGGAGUGGUUUAAAAACAUAUAAGUGCAGUAUUUUGUAUCAUGAUUUUCAAGUUAUUUUGCUACUCUAGGAGGAGAAAUAUUUAAUUCCUUGCAAAAACAUGGAUAACAUUAUGUUGAAAUUGUAAAAACAGUCUUAAUUUUUCACAGGAAAAUGGAAAGAUUAGCUCAUAUAUUUGGAGAGUAUUAAGACAGAUCACAUAACACUUAAUUUAAAUGAAAGACAUAGAAGAUUUAAGGACAACAAAGUUGGAUGUCUAGCACGGACUUUUGCUAAUGUGUACAAAUUGUUCUCAUAAAAUCUGCAGUAUUUUUGUUGUUGUUUGUGGCAACAUAAAUCCAUCCUCUUUGCUUAUGAGAAUGUUAAUGACAUCUUCCAGCUGAGUGAGGGGUGGAAUAUAAUUAUUAUACUCUGAUGUAAAAUUUGACCCCCUUUUCUAUAUUGGAAAUCAUAAAAUGGAGGAACAAAUCUUUCUUUGUACAUCUCAAAAUGCAUUUAUACAUUUAUUUGGACUGAAUGCUCUUCAGAAUAAUGUCUUUGGCAUCCUAGCUGUCUGAAAAGCACCUAGCAUAUUGCUAGCAAUACACAAAUACAGUUUUUAAUUCCUACCAUCUCUAUGGUCUUUUGUUGCUCCAUGGCAUUUUGGCUCUAUGGCUUUUUCUCUGUUGAUCCUUUUGGUUACAUGUGAAAGAGGUGUUGUAAUUCAAAAUGGUCAUAUAACUGUUCUCAGAUAAACAACCUCUUUAUUUUCAAAGAGGAAAUUUAAAUACCUUCUGGAAAGGAGAUUACAGCAUAGAAGAUCAGCCACGAGUAUUCUUUUAUUUGCCUGGCAUGUCCUGUUGGUAAUUAUUUAUUUCCUUAACAAGUAUGAACAUGUUGUAGGGGAAUCUUUAUUCUUACAAGAUAGAAGAGCAAAGGCCAGGUUUUGUUUGUUUUUUUUUUUUUUAUUGUUGUUGUUCAGGCAUUAGAACAACAUAAUAACUCCCAAAUAGCUGAAGAUGAAUGCAUAUCUCUUGAUAUAAAUCAUAUAACCCAAAAGAAAAGGAAGAAGAAUCAAGGAAAUAACAAGGAAACUGUUUUGUCAGUGAUGAUUUCAUAAAGAACAUAAUCAUAGCUACAAGCAACAUGCAGUCAGAAGUGCCUCUUCUUGUAAUACUUGUUCAAGGGAAACAUCUUUAUAUUUUCAGUUGUCUAGUUCCGUUUUCUUCCAUUUGCUAAACAUUUUGGAUAUUAAAACAAUGGAAACCACAGCCCAGGUGAAUUAAAUGGGUGGUAAAAGAGCCCUAUGUGUUACAACAGUUGUUUUUGCUACAACAUUUAGUACACGCUGACAAUGAGCUGAGGCCUACUUCUGACCUGCUUCUUUCCAGUGGAGACUCGUCUCUUCAGCUCUACUGUCUGUGUCUCCCCAGCAUCCCCCACACUGCUAUUUCUAACACCAGCUCUUGAACCUCUUCUCUGCUCUGUCAAAGCUACUUCUUGCUGUUAGCAAAAUGGUAUACAUAUCCAGAAAAACAAAUUGAACCACAGCUUGCCACAUCCAUUAACAUUCCUAUCAUGGUUCUUUAAUUUACUCCUCAUUAGCUCAAGAAUGAAAAUGCAACUUUUUAUACUUUUUUUUUUCACUUUUUUUUUUUUUCCCUAGCUUCAGUAGUAGGUGCUCUUUGGCAGUUGUGAAAGAGGUAGAAAGAGCAGAAAAAAUAGCCAGGAAAGUAUUCUGUAUCUAGAUUUUCAAACAUGUCUACUUAUUUCUGUCUUGUUUUCUUGUUUGCUUUUUGUUUGUUUCUUUCUUUGUUUGUUUUAAUUGACUAUUAAAGUUUAAAGUAGAAAGCAAAAACCAGAGCUAUUCAACACCAGGA